UGGGUAAAAAGGAGGACGGGGGGGACUUGGGAGGAUCUUCGGCCUGCGGACGACGCCACUGACGAUUACUUCCGCGACAAGUUACAGAUGUUUCCACGUGUCUUCCGCGAGAUCGUUGAGAACUUGUCGCCGAUUCUCCAGCGACGUGUGACAUUCUAUAGGGAACCGUUGCAACCAGACCAGAUCGUCGCCUACGCGCUGUACAGGUGGGCGUUGGGCGAGACAUACGAGAGCAACAGCUACAACUUUGGGAUUGGCAGGGCUUCAGGUUUGGUGGCCGUCCGGGACGUUACUGCUGCGCUACUUUCGAUGUACAGGGAGAAGGUGGCGUGGCCGACUGGGGUGCGGAAGGCGAUCGUUCUGCGUGCUUUUGCAGACAAGGGUUUCCCGAACUGCCAUGGGUGCAUCGACUUCACCCAUAUCUACGUGGACAAGCCGGCGAAUGCACCUGCAGAAGACUACUACGAUCGCAAGAGACGCUUCUCUGUCGUUGCUCAAGUGGUGGUCGACUUGGACUUGCGCAUCCUGGACGUGUUUGUGGGAUAUCCGGGGAGUUGCCACGACGUCCGGAUCAUCCAUCUCUCCACUCUAUGGUCGCAGGCGGCGGCAGGAGAGUUGUUUACAGGGCCUCCUGUGCUGCUACCGUUCCAAGUGAAGACGAAUGGUUAUUUGUUGGCCGACAAUGGUUACCCGCCGAGCGAAUGGAUGGUUGUCCCGUUUGACGGCGUGACGCAGCAUCCCCUGGAGAGUCGUUUCGACAGCAAGCAAAAGACCGUGAGGGGGGUAGUGGAGAGGGCCUUCGGGAGACUGAAAGGAAUGUGGCGCUUGUUCCUAGGCUCGCACAAGACCAACAUGGAGACCUUGCCCCAGCAGUUCGUGGCCAUCUGCAUCUUGCACAACAUCCUAAUCGACGCCGACAUCCCUUUCGACGAGAACUUGUUGUGGGAGGUUGACGCCAACGGAGUUCGCCGUCGGGUGGAUCUCGGGAUCCAUCGCCCCCCCAGGCCGUUGUGCAUGGAAACUUCUACGGGGGAGGCGAUCAUGCUGCGGCAGGCGCUGGCAGAGCGAAUGAUGCGGCGAUGACGGCAGAGGGACCUCGCGAGGCAGGGGGAGUUGCGGGCCGUGUAUGAUGGAGGAACGUUUGACGACGGCGGUGGGAGGAAGCAGUGUGCGGAGAGACAACGGGCGCAGUACAUGUGCCAUGCCGUCCAAUUUUCGGUCAGCGGUGAGGGACGCAGAGCGGAGAGCGACAGUCAUGCCUCGUAGUCCUCGCGCCAUAUGCCGUCCGUUUUAGAGUUUGUCGGAAGUUUUUCCUUUUCGUUUUUCGAUCCGCGGCUUCGGGCUGGUGCAUUGAUAGUGGGGCGUUCCCUGUUAGUGUGGGCAAGUCGUUGGGCGGCGGAAGCGGUGGCGGUGGCCAGUUAGUGUGAUUAGUAAACGGCAUUGAGAUGG